AUGGGCACGAGCUUCUGUGACGGCUCGAACGCGUUUGACCUGCGGGAGGCUUGCGUACGCCAGUUUUGGAGUGCGGUGCUUCCAGCCGCAUUCGUUUUCCUGCUAUGCCUUGGAUAUGUGCCGACGCCAGCGGCUCUGAAGAAGCUGCUGUCGCUCGUCAAAGCACCCUUCUCCGAGUUCAUUACUCUAGAAGAAGCUGAAGCCUUAGACGCGUCACUCGAACCUGAAACGGUCCAGAGCUCCGACAAACCUGUACCGCUCUGGCGGACAGUCGUCUUGUCAUUCAUAGCUUUACUGCAGAGCCUUGUCUGGCUCGGUAUUGGAUCGUACAGACUCUUCGCCGGUGUCGACAGUAACCCCUGGACGGCGGGCCAACCGAUCCUUAUAUCGUUUUCCUGGUUCUACGCGUCUUUGGUUCCUGUUCUCCGCCCAACGGCCACACCACCAUGGGACUUACUUGUUCUAUACUCGAUUCACUUUGUAGUCGGCAUUGUCUCUCUCGGCGCAGUCCUGUACAACCAUAACGUGUACCUGGUCCCGCUCCCGCACCCCCUAAUUUUCACGGCCAUGAUCGCCGACCUGGUGGGAAUUGUGGUUCUGCUGGUCGUGGUCUUGCAGAUGCCCAUGGCGAUCCCGAGCAAGCAGGUCAAGAAGGAGGACAUCGGCAAGUCGGUCUCGCCUGAGGACUAUACGUCGCUCUGGGGAUGGAUCACGUUCAACUGGGUGUGGCCGCUCAUCAAGCGUGGAACGCACGAGACACUUAAUGAAGGCGACGUAUGGAAUCUAAGCCCCACGAUGCAGUCGCGGCCCAUCUUUGUCAAGUUCAGUACGCUCAAGGGGUCUCUGCUCUGGCGGAUUUGGAAGGCCAACUCGAAGGAUAUUCUGCUCGACUUCAUUGGCACGUACGCGAGCAUUGUGUGCAACUACCUCGGCCCCUUCUUCCUGAAGAAAAUCUUGGAUGCGAUCCAGGAUGGAUCGAAAGAACGCAUGCAACAGGCGUACAUCUAUGCCUUGCUGGCAUUUUUAUCGCAGGUUCUCAAAGCCGAAGCGGAUGUGCAGCAUCUUUGGUUUGGUAGGAGAGCAGCAACCCGGGCCAGAAGUGAGCUUAUGGCCGCUAUUUACGCCAAGGCACUGAAAAGGAAGGAUUUCUCGGGCAUUGUCGACAAGGAUAAAGCGAAAGGAACGGGAGAGAAGUCGAAAGAAGAGCAGAGGAAAGAGAAGGCCAAGGAGGACGAUCCCAAGGCAGGCGCUGACACCGGUAAAAUCGUGAAUUUAAUGGCCGGUGACUCCAAUAGGGUUGCCAUGCUGAUUUCUGGGAUGUACUUCAUAUAUGGAGCGCCAUUCGAGAUUGUCAUCGCCAGCAUCUUUUUGUAUCAGCUUCUUGGGUUAUCGGCAUUUGCUGGUUUCGUCGUAUUGUUGGCGGGUUGGCCGCUCAAUAGCUUCAUCGCACGUCGAGCCAUUCGGAUCCAGAAAGGUCUCCUGGCCGCCAGAGAUAAGAGAAUGGGCGUGCUGAAUGAACUCAUCGGGGCCGUCAAGUUCAUCAAGUUCUUUGCUUGGGAAGAGAGGUGGAUUGAUCGCGCCAUGGAUGCCAGGCAGAAAGAGAUACAGUGGAUGGUGAAAGCCCGGAUUAACUCCGUUAUGUUCUCCUUGCUUUGGACGUGCGCACCCAUCCUGGUGUCGCUCAUCUCCUUCUUCACCUAUGUCAUGCUCGGAAAGGAGCUAACUGUAUCGAUAGCCUUUACCUCUCUGUCGUUGUUCGGCAUGAUCAGGCAACCUCUCAAUAUCAUUCCUGCUUGGAUUGUCCAAAUUCUUCAGACGCGAAUAGCUAUCAAACGGAUUGAGACUUUCUUAAACGAGGACGAAGUGAGCGACCAGGUCUCCUCGCUCAAGAAGUCGGGGCGUGCCACUUCCUCCGACCUAGAGGAAGGCUUUGGAAUAGUGGACGGAACUUUCAAGUGGAAUGAGAUUGAGCAGGAGUCGGAAAAGGACAAGGACAACGGUAAAGGUAAAAAGAAGGACGCAGGCACGAAUGGAAGUUCUCCGGCGGAAGAAGUCCUUCCUCCUGAUGUUCCUAGCGAAAUUGCUGCCGCCAAUGAUCACCGGUUCGAGCUGAAAGAUAUUAACGUUAUGUUCCCCGAGGGGAAGCUGAGCUUGAUCACCGGGCCCACGGCCAGUGGAAAGACAGCCUUACUUAUGGCCCUCCUCGGAGAAAUGACCGUACUCUCCGGUCGCAUUCUUAUGUCAAAGAACCCUUCUCGGAUAGACGAAAAUGGACUCAUGCAUUCCAUAUCAUAUGCCGCUCAGUCACCGUGGUUACGCCAUCAGUCCAUCCGCGACAAUAUUCUGUUUGGGUAUCCAUUCGAGGAGAAGAGAUAUGAAGAGGUCAUAGAUGCUUGUGCUUUGAGGCCCGAUUUAGAGAUCUUGGAAGACGGCGACUCGACAGAAAUCGGCGCAAGAGGAGUGAGCUUGUCGGGCGGACAGAAGGCUCGGGUUGCGCUUGCCCGUGCGGUCUAUGCGAGGACGAAGUAUGUUUUAUUAGAUGAUCCCCUUAGUGCAGUGGAUAGUCACACUUCCCGACUUCUAUUCGAGAAGCUCCUCAAAGGCCCUUUACUCCAAAACCGUACGGUGAUCCUUGUCACUCAUCAUGUCGAACUCGUGUUGCCGGGUGCUAAUUACAUAGUUCGCAUGCUGGACGGCCGCGUUGAUACUCAAGGGAAGGUGGAUGAGCUUCGUGAACGUGGCCUGCUAGACGACAUUGCUUAUGACUCCACUGCUGAUCAAAACGCAAAAGAAGCCGAGAGCGUAAACGAGAAGACUGAAGAAGAACUGGCGGCCGAGGUAGGGGAUGAAGAUGCCCAUAAAGAUGCUACAAAUGGGUCGGCGGAGCACAAGAAACCCAGAAAAUUGAUUAAGGACGAGCACAGGGAAACUGGUGGAGUCAAAUGGUCCAUUUACAAGACUUACUUGAAAGCCUCUUCGUAUUGGACUUGGACCAUCUUGUGCAUACUAAUUGUACUGAGCCAGAUCAUGGGCGUUACUGAGAAAGUGUGGAUCAAAUUCUGGGGUGAAGCCUAUGGCGAAAGUGACACUAACCCAUCAACACCGUAUCUGCACACUUCGUUUGCAUCGGCAGAGCAUGAAAUCGUCUUGGAUAACCCUCUUUUCAUGCACCAUGCGCAGACUGCCUUCCAGUGGAUGCAGGGACCAUUUACUCCCUCUUACGGCCUUCCCAGAGCUCAGGACCACCCCUUAUUUUACGUCGGGAUCUACGCUGCUAUCGGGCUGGGUGCUGCGACAAUCAAUAUCGCGUCUAUCAUCACACAGAUUACCGGCGCUUUGAGAGCCUCUCGUCUCCUGUUCCGACAGCUGUUGGUUGCGGUAGUGCGCGCCACAAUGAGAUGGCACGAUGUCACGCCACAAGGGCGCAUGCUUAAUCGCUUCAGCAAGGAUAUUGAGACGGUGGAUACGUCACUUUCGGGCUCUCUUCAAGCUGUCAAUUCCUCCCUAGCAAACUUCUUUGCCUCGGUGAUCACGGUGACCGUGAUCUUCCCACUCUUCCUGCUCCCCGCCUCGAUCAUUGGGCUUGUUUAUCGCUACCUCGCAAUCGGCUACUUGAACACUGGCCGAGAUCUGCGGCGCAUGGAGUCUAAUAGUCGUUCGCCUAUCUUUGCAGGAUUCGGUGAAUUAUUGGAAGGUAUCGUGACUGUCCGUGCAUUUUCAGCCGAGCAGCGUUUCCUGGACGAAUUACAUGGAAAGAUCGAUCUCACUACUAAGAUGUGGUAUUCUUUCUGGAUGACAAAUCGGUGGUUAUUGCUCAAUUUCGAUAUUCUUGGAGCCGGCGCAGUUCUGGUCACGUCCCUGUUUUCAUUAUCCGGGCUGGUGUCGGCGGGUACUGCUGGUCUGUGUAUCACGUCCGCAAUGAAUUUUACGACCAGUAUCUAUUGGGCUUGUCGAUUCUGGACCGCCUUGGAGCUUGAUCUCAACUCUGUGGAACGUGUCGUGGAAUAUCUCGAUCUCCCCCAAGAGCCCCCUGCGGUCAUCGAGUCGAACCGGCCCCCCGCUUACUGGCCUUCUAGCUCUACCCAAGCGGCGCUUAUAUCCGUCGAGGACCUUGUGAUCAAGUAUUCACCGGAAUUGCCGCCUGUACUCCAUGGUGUUUCGUUUCAGCUUCGACCCCGCGAGAGAGUUGGACUGUUAGGUCGCACAGGCAGUGGAAAGUCCACGUUGGCCAUGAGUAUCCUUCGAUUUGUCGAUCCUACAAGUGGGCGCAUAGUCAUCGAUGGGAUAGAUAUAUCUACCAUCGGAGUCCACGAUCUACGCUCCCGCAUAACGUUCAUACCUCAGGAUGCCACAUUAUUCUCGGGUACCUUGCGCGACAACCUGGAUCCAUUCAAUGAGCACUCAGAUGAGGAGUGCCUUGACGUGCUCUAUCGGGUCCGGUUGCUGUCAGAGUCGGCUUAUGAGUCGCAGCGGACUUCCCGCCAGGCAUCGAGAGCCCCCUCCAUCCGCGGCGUGGAGCGCGAAACAACCGUCGCUUCCUCUGCAGCAUCUGCCACGUCAACUGAAGUUGAAGCGAAGACCACCAUUUCGUUGGACACGCAGAUCUCUGCCGGUGGAACGAACUUCUCCCAAGGUCAAAGGCAACUUGUUGCUUUGGCUCGGGCGUUGCUCCGACGGAGUGCUAUCAUUGUGUUAGAUGAAGCCACCAGCAGCAUCGACUUCGCGACUGAUGCUAAAAUACAAGAAACGAUUCGGGAGGAAUUCAAUGACUCGCUUCUGCUCACAGUGGCGCAUCGUCUGAGGACUGUGAUCGACUACGAUCGCCUCAUUGUGCUCGAUAAGGGCCAGAUCGCCGAGUUCGACACGCCGUACAACUUGAUCCGAAAGGAGGACGGUAUUUUCCGUCAUAUGUGUCUCAGAAGCGGGACUUUCGCCGAGCUAGAGGCUGUGGCUAAGUCAAAAGCUGAAGGGACUCUAGGCUCCAGGAGCGUUCCACAAACCUAGAGUAUCUUCCUGCCCUGAAUCUUCAAUUUUCUGUAUCUCCGCUCUCCACAACAGGCACUGACGAAAGGUGGGCAUAGAUUAUUUACUGUCCCUCUUCAUAUGCUGCCUUGUCUGGGAUGUUUCGUUGAUCGUCAUGAUACUUAUUCGUAUACAUUUCUUGGAUCGCCUAGUUGUAGUUGGUCAUGUACUUACAUCAUUACAGCCAUUUGCAGAUCG